AAUCUGUUUAUUUAUGUCCAUACAAACAGCUACACAAAAUAAAUCUGCAGUUCAUCACGUCUACAAUCCGUGAACCUUUGAACGAUCGAUUUUAAAAUACAUCUUAUUGCGUAGAUAAAUACUUCGACCCACGUGGCACACAAUACAUAUUCCGUCCCGAUACAUAUUAGUGAUGACGUCACCCCCACGCCCAUCAGCGCUCGUGCACUGUAGGGAGUAGUGCACUCGGUGUGGAUUGGAACACACCCCAUGAGCUGUGACUACACUGAGACUGUACAGUAGCACUGACUGGGGGGGACACACGCCUCUCUUAGACCCUUUUUGCGUGUUAAAUCAGUCGUGACACACACUAUGUAAGCCGCCUGGGUAAAAUAUAUCAUUACAGCUCAUUUCUGUAACCUGCAAUAAUGUCAGUUUCCUCUGAACACACCGAGUUUACAGUGGAGGCAGUAGAGAGGGCUCUUCAGCAGCUGUACUAUGAUCCGGACAUGGUGCGGAAAGACGUGGCCCAGAAGUGGCUGGCGCAGGCUCAAGCGUCGCCGCAGGCGUGGCACUUCUGCUGGGCGCUGCUGAGCCCGGACAAGGUGCCCGAGAUCCAGUUCUUUGGUGCCAGCACACUGCACGGCAAGAUCUCCAGCCACUGGCAUGACCUCAGUCCUGAGCUUCGUGAGUCUCUUCAAUCUCAGCUAGUCUCCCACGUGUGCCACUUCGCCCUCGGGCCCAAGAUGGUGCUGACUCGGCUCUGCGUGGCCCUGGCUUCUUUGAUCCUUCGUACGCUCCUUGACUCCUGGCCCAGCGCUGUGCCUGAUCUCCUCCAAGCGUUCCAGAGCGCAGAUGGUACAGCCGAAGCAACCAGUCAGCGCCUGGCCCUGUUAGAGGUGCUCACUGUAUUGCCUGAGGAACUCCUGAGCAGGAAGUUCACAUCAGGGAACCGUGCCAGGCUUCAGACUGCCCUGGCGCAAGAGUGGACCUUGUUGUGCCCGUUGUUGAGGGAGCUGCUGAGGUGCGAAGGCUCGGCGUGUGGCGUGAAGGAGCGAGCGCUGCGCUGCCUGCCGUCGUGGCUCCCACUCGGCAUUGAUUUGGGACAGAUCGAAGGAGUGGUGAAGGAUAGUUUAGAGCUUCUUAAAGUGCCUGAGCUUUUUGACACGGCUGUGGAGAGUGUCGUCGGUGCUCUCUCGGUGACUGACUGGCAAAGGUCUGCAGAAGGUCUGGUGAAGUUGUUGCCUUGUGUGCUGGAGCUCCAGGAGCAGCUGAAGAGGGCGGUGCAGGACAGAGACAUGGAGACGUCUCACGGAAUCUGUCGCGUUGUCGUCGCUCUCAGCGAAACUCACUGCAGAACGUUGCUGGAACAGAUCGGACACUGGCAGGGUUUCCAUGCGCUGGUCGGUAUGAUUCUGUCAUGCACCGCGAUUCCUGGUCACUACCCGGUGGAUGAGACUUCCAGCUCACUGACCCUCACAUUCUGGUACACGCUGCAGGAUGACAUCAUGUCACUGGAUACGGAGAAGCAGACCUUUUAUUUGCAGCUCUACAGACCCAUUUACUUCCAGCUGGUCGACGUUCUGCUGCACAAGGCCCGCUUUCCCAACGAGCACGACUACGCCUCGUGGACUUCCGAUGACAAGGAACAGUUCAGAACGUACAGAGUCGACAUCUCGGACACUCUGAUGUGUGUGUAUGAGCUUUUGGGCCCCGAACUGUUGCGCAAACUGUACGACAAACUGGGAGUGUUGCUGACCGACCCGACACACAUACACUCCUCUCUGUGGCAGGAUAUAGAGGCUCUGCUGUUCGGUUUCCAGUCCAUCGCUGACACGGUGGACGUCAGUUACUCAGACGUGAUUCCCGGACUGAUCGGUCUCAUCCCGCUCAUCUCAUCGAACAACAUCCAGCUGACAGAGACCGUCAUGUUCACGCUAGGCUCGCUGGCCGAGUGGUUGGCCGAUCACCCGGUCAUGGUGCCCGCUGUCCUGCGCGUCGUCUUGCCCGCCCUGUCAGACGCUGAACUCUCGGUGCCCGCCGUCUCCACGCUGAAGAGGAUCUGCCGCGAGUGCAGGCAUCACCUUUACCCUCACGCCAACGACAUCCUGGCAUCCUCACAGGACGCACUCGUUAAGAGGACCCACAAGAGCCCUCAGAGCACGUGGCUGAUGCAGGCUCUGGGAUUUUUACUCUCCGCCAUGCCGGAUGAGGAGAUUCAAGACAAAUUGCUUUCCCUCCUCUCGCCUCAUAUCCAGGACCUGGAGCAACUGGCCAAUCAGGCGCCCUCUCCUGCCACUAAACGCUCCGCACUUCAGGUUCUGGGUCUGAUCUCCAGCCUCUUCUCCACUCUCGACACGAGCACGUACGCCGAAGGACCGGACAGGGUUAAAGGUCGUCGAUUUGCUGCUCACAACAAUCCGGUUGUAGUCGUGCUACGUCAAGUGUUUCCUCUCAUCCAGACACUUCUGAGCAAGUGGCUGAAAGACACCGAGGUGGUGGAGGCCUCAUGUGCGGUUUUCGAGAAAAGUCUGAAGACCCUCGGUGGUGAUUUUGCUCCUCUUGUAGCUCAGCUUUGUGAGCUGAUCAGUCAGCUGUACAGCACCUACCCACAAGCCUCUGCUUUGGAUCUCAUACAGCAGCUGCUUCAUGUGUUCGCCUGCGAGAAGGAACACGUCUCAUCGGUCGCCGCGGUUCUGGAGCUCGUCACCAACGUAACCAUGUCGGUUUUUCAGCACGGUGCUAGAGACCAUCCUGAUGUAGUCGAGUCCUUCAUGAAGCUUCAUGCGCAGGUUCUGAAAAGGAAGCCGGACCUGUACGGCUCCGAGGGUCUGGACGUCAGAGUGGUCUUCUACUGUGGGAUUUUAGCUUUGAAAUUUCCCGAGGCUCCCACUCUCAAGUCCACAUGUGCGCUGUUCACAGAGCUGAUGUCUCGCUGCGAGGACGUCCCCGCUGUCCGAGACGUGCUGCAGGAGGACGGCCUGCUGCUUCUUCAGACCCUACUGGAGGCUAUCUGUAUCCAGGCUCCCCUGGGCUUGCUGGAGCACCUGGCUGAGGUUCUGUUCUCCAUCAGUCUCCACUGUCCCAGCUUGCUCGUGACUCGGUUAAGAGACGUCCUGCAGUCUGACGCCUUCCCCUGCGCCUUAAUCACUCCGGAGCACAAGGAUCACUUCUGCCAGCAGAUCCUCAGGGAACAAGCGAGUAAGUGGAAGAUGAGGGAAAUUGCGAAGGAGUUUUGCCUGUUGUGUCGGGGUCUACAGGGAGCAGAGGAAACCACGGAGUACUGAACAGCCGUCGCUUUCCGAACACCCGUCUGAACAUUUUAGACACUUGUGGGAUCAAACAUGAAAAGACAAAAUGUCUGGGCGGAGAAUCCCAUUUUUACAGACUUCCAUUGUCAUGAGGUCAUGGUUUUCUGUCUAAUUUUAUUAUUCUACUGUGUAGUUUGUUUGUUUUUUUCGAACGUGUGUUUAAGCAUCAUCAUCAUCACGCCUUCACAGGUCAUGGGCAUCGUCCCAGGUUUGGUGUGUUUCAGUCUGCACAGAACUUCAGACAAGACAGUAUUAACGCUAGCAUUAAAAGGUUUUACGUUUGUAAUAAACGUACGAUCGUGUUAAGAUACGUGUUAAGGUCGUAAUUCGUCACAACACCAAAAUAAGAAAAAAAAGAACCAACAAGUUUCCAUAAACUACUAACAGAGAA